AUUCUGCUCUGCUCUUCCCACUGCAGCCACCCGAAAGAAAAAAAAAAGAAGGAAACCCAGCCAUGCCUUGGAAAAUUGGUAAGGAAGCUUGGUAUUUUCCCCUUCCUUUCUUGUUCUAGAACCCAUAAAGAACCCAGAAAUUUCCCCUCCCUCUCUGCAAAAACCGGAUCUGCUCUGCUUUGCUCUGUCCGCCGGCUGCUCUUGUUGUGGGGGCGAAUUGCUUGGGUUUUGGAUCCGUGAGUUUCUCCCCUGCACUUGCCGCCGGCUUCUCCCCCUGCCAAGUCCGGUUCUGCAACUGGAAAAUUUAUGUGUUAAUGGAUUGCUGUGAUUUUUGGAGAGAAAAUCCCGUGAAUUAGCUAGUGGUUUGGGCAAUUUUUGGAAGUGCAGUUACUGUUCACGUUGUGGGUACUGUUCACGGCACUGCUCAUAGAUUACUGUUCACACACCGAGGGUCAACAAUUAAUGGGGAUUUAAAUGAUUAGUUUGUGAUAUGAGAACGAAUUUGGAGAUAUCUGAUAAUGUGGAGAUUGAUAGAAAUAGUACCGUGAUUAAGGGUAGUCUUAAUGAUGAUUUCAAUGUGAAUUUGUGAUAGUCCAGUAUUAAUUGUAAGGUGUUUUGAUUAGGUUCCCGAUCGUUCUGUCAGUUAGCACUGAGAUUGAGUACUCGGUUUUAUGCGAGUGAGGCAAGUAAAUUUAUGGUAAUGACCGUACUGUUUUUAAAAGCAUGUUUUGAUUUGUUUUUGAAGUGGUGGCGGGACUAAACCCGUUUUACACGAGCAUGACUGAUUUGAAGUGAAAUGUUUAUGUUUUUCAUUAAAUUGAGCAUGCCUACUUGAAAGUGAUUGUGAAUUGUCCUGAUGAUUUGAAAGUGAUAGUGAAUUAUGAUUUUUCUGUUAACUUCUGCCUGUUUUAUCUCCGAUGUGGUCAUGUUAUUAGUGACCCUGCUAGUGGGGGAGGUUAUAAACGCUAGCACAUGUCGACAUGUUAGUGAUAGAGCCGGUUCGUUCAGUGGCCUUGCUAGUGGGGAUUAUACACUAGUAAAUCGUGUGCCUGCCAGUGGGAGGUUUAUAAACGCUGGCCAUAACCUAUAGAGGAGACGUCUAUUUCGUUUCCAUACCCGUAUCUGUUUUUCGUGAUUAUACUUGUUGGCAUGCUAUAAGUUUAAAUAAGGGGCACUCCAUAUUUACUUACUGAGUUUAUCUCAUAGUUUUUCCUUGUCCACCAUUUUAGGAAAUGAAACCGAGGACAGGAAAACCACGGGAAGUGACGAGUUAGAAAGCUAGCCAUUUCGAGAUUGAUAUAGAUUUUAGAAAUAGAUCAUGAUCUUGUAAACUGGAUUUUUAUUGGAGAUUUUAUAAAUUCAUUAAAUGGAUUUUUAGUUACAAGAGAUUUGACCUUGAGUUACAAGAUUUCAUUUGGAGAUUUUGGUGGUAUCAGAUUGUACAUUAGAUAAGUUCCGAGCCUUGUGCAUUUGUGGGACUCGUCUCACGAGUGCACGGCGUUUGCCACGUCUCCAAAUUUGGGUUUUGGGGCGUGACAGAUAUACUAAACAUGUCAAGACCUA